AUGAAGAAAAGCAAUACUAAUCUAAAAUUACUACGUCAAAUUAAUUUUAAUGAUGAUGAUGAUAUAAUGUUGAAUAAAAAUAUUUUUCUAUCUAAGGAAAAAUUUAAUUUUCAAAGAUUAUUAGGUUGCAAAUAUGAUUCAAAUCUAUGCAAUCAAAACGAAGCUUGUUUUGACGAUGAACUUUUUGGACAAUGUUGGGAUGGUAAAGGAUCAUUACGAAAAAUAUUUACAUUAAAAAAUAGUGUUGAUAGAAUUACAAAUAAUCAAUUAAUUGCAUUAGAUUAUACAAUAAAGUUUUUAAAACGUUAUCAUCUUAAUUGGAAAGAUUAUAUGACACAAUGUAUUCUAAUGCAUAUAUUAAAUGAUUAUUAUCAAUUAAAUUUAUAUCAAUUAGAAUUAUUCUAUAUUGAUUGUUUAAAUAAAGAUGAAUUAUUAAAUCAAUUUGUAACAAUAGAAAAAGAAAAUAAUAAUAAUAUUAAUCGUCGGUAUAUUAAACAAAAACAUAAACUUUAUCAUAAAGAUCCAUAUGCAUCACUUAUCAAUUCUAAAAAUUUAUUUUAUAAUUUUGAUAAUUCAUUAUUUAUGAAAUUGAAUGAAUUAUCUCGUUUAAAAACAAUACCUGAAAAACAAUUUUUUAUUAAUAAUGAUGAUGAUAUUGUAGUAAAAGAAAAACCAAUAAAAUUAAUUACACAAGAAUCUAAAAUGAAUGAACCAACAAAAAUAUUAAUGCAUAUGAAAGAAAAUUAUCCUGAUUUAAUAGAAACAUUAAAAAUUAGUACUAAUAAACAAUUAAAACCAAUAUUAAAUUCAAAAACAAUUCAAAUUAAUAAUAAGAAUCAAAAAUUUAAUAGUACCGAUGCAGAACGUUAUUUUACCGUUGAAACAGCCCGCGGUUAUAUUAUUAUCAAUCGAGAUUUUAAAAACCAAAUGGAAGGAGCUCAAUUAUUGGCACUUAUUGCAGACAUUAAUCGUUGGCCUGCAGCAAUAUUUACUGAACUUAAUGUUGAUCGACAUUUAUUAACAUUUCAUGUUUUGGAUAAUGCUUAUCAAAUAAAUGCAAGCAAUGUUGCUAGUUCAGCUUUAAAUAAUCAGAAAACUAUUGAAAAUCAAUUGGGUAUACGUAUUAUCGAUUCUGGUAUUGGUAAUCCUAAUCAAGGUACUAAAUUAUCAGCUGAACGACAAAAUGGUUCAUAUUUGGCAAUUAUUACAUUGGUUACUUGUGUUUGGAUUCUCUUUAUUAUGGGUUCAUUUGCUGUACUUUAUUUUAUUAAACGUAAUGAUCGUAUUCGAAAUAAAAUUGCUGAAAUAACACAUAUUAAAGGUUUAUCAACAAAUUAUUAUCAAGAUUUAUGUCGACAACGUAUGAAAGCACAACCAACACGUCGUACAUCAUCAGAAAUUCAUCCAACUCAUCAAUUCAAUAAUCGUGUUAAACGUACUAGUGAAGAUUCAUCAUCACGAAGUUCAAUAUCAUCAUAUACUGAUGAACCUAUAACAUCUGUUAAUAUGGAUAUAAUGACAGGACAUUUGAUUCUAUCUUAUAUGGAAGAUCAUCUACGUAAUCGACAUCGUUUAGAAUCUGAAUGGGAAUCAUUUUCUACCGAUAAAAUAAAUGAAGAACAAGCAUCAUGUUCUGUUGCACUUUUAGAAAUUAAUGAAAAAAAGAAUCGCUAUAUGGAUUGUAUACCAUAUGAUCAUACACGUAUUCGACUUGCAAACUAUGACGAUAGUGAUUAUAUAAAUGCAAGUAAAAUUACUGAUUCGGCUCCAAAAUGCAAAUACAUUGCAACACAAGGUCCAAUGCCAAAUACAACAAAUGCAUUUUGGCAAAUGGUUUGGGAACAAGGAUCAUGUGUUAUUGUAGCAUUGACUCGACCUAUUGAAAAUGGUAUUACAAUGUGUCAUCAUUAUUGGCCAGUUGAAGGUUCUGAACAAUAUAAUGAUUUUGAAGUUAAUCUUGUUUCGGAACAUAUUUGGUCGGAUGAUUAUGUUGUUCGAAGUUUUUAUUUAAAAAAUAUUCAAACAAUGGAAACACGUACUGUAACACAAUUUCAUUUUUUAAAAUGGGAUGAAUUGUGUAAUCCACCAUCGGCUAAAGCUUUACUUGACUUUCGACGAAAAGUAAAUAAAUGUUUUCGUGGUCCAUCAUCACCACUUAUCGUUCAUUGCAAUGAUGGUGUUGGACGUACUGGUACAUAUAUAUUACUUGAUAUUGUCUUAAAUCGUAUUUAUAAAGGAACACGAGAAAUAAAUAUUGCUGCUACACUUGAACAUAUUCGUGAUCAACGACCUAAAAUGGUUAAAACAAAAAAUCAAUUGGAAUUUGUCUUCGUUGCUGUUGCUGAAGAAGUAACCGAAUUAUUAAAAUCAUUAUCCCAAUAA